CCUGGUAGCAACAACCAGAAGCAGGAACGGCUGAGGUGCCUGGGUCCCCGCGGCUAAACAUCUGGACUCUUCCCAGCCGCCCCCACCCCCGAAACACAACCCACCCCGGCCGUGAUCUUUGUGACCUCGCCGCCCGCAGGGGCACGAUUCCUCCUCAGGUACGCGCAGCAGGGCAGAAGGAACAUCAUGGAGGUUCUGAGCUCCCCAGGUCUGCAGCAGAAGUGAGGUGGUCCUGCCGGGGUCGGCGGGACCCGCGGAUCAUGUACGGCGACGUGUUUAACGCCACCAGCGGCCCGGAGGCAGCGGGAAGCGGCGCGCUGGCCCCUGGAGCCACCGUUAAGGCAGAGGGUGCUUUGCCUCUGGAGCUGGCCACCGCGCGUGGAGUUCGGGACAGCUCGGCCACCAAGCCGGACCUGUCCACCUACCUGCUGCUCUUCUUCCUCCUGCUGCUUUCCGUGGCUCUUGUCGUCCUCUUCAUCGGCUGCCAGCUGCGCCACUCGGCCUUUGCUGCUCUGCCCCACGACCGCUCACUGCGCGAUGCCCGUGCGCCCUGGAAGACGCGGCCGGUAUAGAGCACACAGAAUCAGGGCCGCGGGGCGCUUGGUCUUGGCCUCGCAAAGC